AUGAGUAGCGAAGAGUUGAAAUUGGAGGGGAAACAGGAGGAUGUAAUCAAGAGUGUUUCAUCGACUAGCAACAGUAGUCGAGUGUCUAAGAGAACUAGUAAGAAGAGGAAGAACGGCUGUUAUGUCGACAAAUGUGGGAGUGCAGCUUCUAAGUUCAUUGGGGACUGCAAUUUCUGUAAAGGUCAUUACUGCUCAAAACAUAGACUGAUGGAGAACCAUUCCUGUGAAGGUUUGACCUCCUGUAAGGAGGCUAUGCAUAAGAGGAACGCCGACAAAUUGGAGAAAGAGCAAACUAGGGCUCCUAAGAUUCAAAUCUGA